AUGACGCUCGCAUCACACCCGGGCGCCGAUCGCCACCAUCAGCACCGCCGGCGGCAGCACCCUCCUCCUUUGCAUCAUCGCCGCCGCCGCAGCUGUCAGGAGGACGCGCGGGCAGUCUGCGCGCGGGCGGCGGCGGGCGCGGGGCGAGCCCCGGGGCGCCCGGACCCGGGCCGGGGCCGGGGCUGGCGGCGGUCGCAGCGAGGCGGGGGCCAGUCCAGACCGACGGCAGCGACGGGGCGGGCGGGCGGCGGCGGCGGCGGCUGGGGCUCGCUCAGUCCCCAGUUUCGUACACCACGAGCAGCAGGUCGGAGCAGCCUCUCCGGGAGGAUGUCCAGCGGCAGCCCUCCUCUCUCCAGCCCUUGGGGAUCUUCCGUUGAGGCAUUGAAGACAGGAGGAAGGGGUCCGUCAUCGGCUCGCCGGGCUCCGCGCCACCUCUGCGAUCUUGCGGAAAGAGGAGCGGUAUUUUAUAAUAUGACAUUGAUGCUUCCCCCAUAAAGAUGCUGGAGUUUGCUUCUCCAUCACCUAAUCCCAGUGACUUACUUUGGCCAAUGAGACAUUAGCACACGUGAUAUAAGCGGAGACUUAGCAAGUGCUUAUAAACUGGACUCAACUUGCUGCUCAUGAGAAGUCUUCCAUCAUCACUGGUGAAAAAUGACAGCCUCUUGAAGGACGAUACCAUCUGGAACAUAGAUGUGCCAUCCCAGUGAAGGCUUCUAGAGCAACAAACUCCCAGCCAAGUGCCAUCACUGUCUGCAAGACAUCUGCGUGAGAUGAUCUUAGACCAUCCGACACUACUUGAGCCAUUAAUGACUACUAUUGAAUGAAUGACUUCAUAUAAAACCAGCUACAAAGCCACCCAACUGAGCAGAGUACAAACUGCUAACCACAAAAUCAUGAGUUAAUAAAUUGAGUUUUAUUUUAAGCCACUAGGUUUUGAGUUGGUUUAUUUUAGGAAUAGAUCACUGACACAGAAGAAGACAUUGGAAAUUUGGGUCUAUGAAUGAUCAUUUUUGAAAUGUUAAAAAAC